AUGCAGUUGCUGGUUAUCGGCUGCACUUUACUCACGCUGUCACAGCGUGAGGAAAGUACUGCCGGUAACUGGCAAUUGUCAAAGGAUGGAUCGGCACCGAUCAUCAGGGUACUGAUGAUCAGUACCCUGAUGAUCAGUGUCCAGCAGUGCCACGCACCAGUGCCGCCCAACUGUGCCCAGCAGUACCGCCCACAAGUACCCAUCAGUGCCAACCACCUGUGCCCAUCAGUGCCAUCCAGCAGUGCUGCCCAGCAGUGCCACCCAUCAGUGCCCAGCAAUGCCACCAGUCAGUGCCCAGCAGUG